AUGGUGAUGCGUUCAAUACAAAACAAUGGUACUGGGAUACCUUUAACCACAACUGCACCGGACAGUAAUAGAAAAAAAACAGAAGAAGUCAAAUAUAAGUUCCGCGUUCAAAGUGCACCCCCUUUAUCGCUGAGCCAGUUUGUGAGGGCUUCUACGGGUAUCCUAAAUGUUGUUGAAGAUACGUGGAAACCGUCAGGUAGAUUUCGUCCGUCAAAAUUCACCGGUUAUAUGCCGCCUAGGAGCAGGACCCCACCACAACUAAUCGAAGUUAAGCCAUGGAUGCCACCUGGACAACCUAAAUAUAUACGACCAUCAUCAAUCGGUUCGGAAAGACGCCCGAAGACAGUUGAAAAAGAAUUACUGUGGAUGCCACCUGGACAACCUAAAUAUAUACAACCAUCAUCAAUCGGUUCGGAAAGACGCCCGAAGCCAGUUCAAAAAGAAUUAGUGUGGAUGCCAUCAUCGAAAAAAAUUCGCUAUGACCCACCACCCAUUCUUCGUUCAGAACCAAAUUUUAGACCAAUUCGAGAUCCUGAACCGAAAUGGAUGCCUGCUGGUAAACCAAAAUAUAAACCGGUUCCUUAUUUUGAUCCGCCAGCAUUAAGAUGGUCUCUUCAACUAUUGAUGUCAUCAGAGUCAGAUAUCAAUCAGAAUCGUACAAGAACGAAAUUUCGUUCAAAAACAAUCGAAGGCGCUAACAUCAACUCUACAACAGAGGUUUCACCAAAUCACUAG